AUGGCGGACGACACGGAAUCAGCAUCAGCAACCGCCGCCGCCGCAACGGGGGGAGCUGGCGGCAGUCAACAGACGAACGCGUCCAAAACCAGACACAAGAGGACGAGGACCGGGUGUCUAAAGUGUCGGAUCCGACGGCGUAAAUGCGACGAAGGCAAACCACGCUGCCAGCGCUGCAUCGACGGCAACUUUGAGUGCCAAUACGGCCCUCGACUCACCUUCUUGAACAAGAAUGCAUUGACAGUCUCACCGUCGCCAAGGACAGCGACUGAGGCGACGACGCCAAAGUACUCGAGGCUCCAGUUCGUGAGUCCCGGCACCGCGAAACAGGGCGCAAAAGACGAUUCUGCCUCUCCACCCCCAAAACCUCAUGAUGCGUCCGCGACAAAUAAUGCGCCGCCGCCGCCGCAUGCUCCCCCAGCGCAGACACCAACUAUCGUGACCUUCCAAGCAAAUCCUCAACCCCUAGAGCCUCCGACCCCGAAACCGCAUCCCAUCGAGCCGAGCAUCUCGCAGAACCACCAUCCGCCUCCCCCGCCGCCGCCGACACAAUGGCGCGCGCAGAGCAUAGGCCACGAGAGCCUAUCUUCGCCGGUACGAAAUCUCGACAUCACGGGCAAGCUGAACGGAACCUCGCCUAAUAACGACGCCGCCUACGAGACGGCCCUCAACGUGCUGCUGUCCCUGGGCAGCGAGGGCACGACGACGAGCGCCGGCUUGGUCCAGACCCCCGACCAAGGCUCUGGGUCCUUUGGGAUCGGCGCAGACGGCAUCGGCCUCGACCUCUGCGACAUGAGCCAGACCUUCGGCCUCUACGUGCCCCGCCUCGCCAUCGAGUCCGAGGGUGUCCUCCACGCCCUACUCGCUGUCGCCGCAACGACAGAUUCGCGCGUGAUGACGAACGACGCUGAGUACCUGAAGACGCUUGCCGAGGCAGCGCCGUGGAAUCAGAACACUUUGAAUAAUAUUAAUGACGGCGACUUGGCACAUUUGACAUUGUCGACAGCCUGCCGAUUCAUCACCGAUAUCCCCAGCGGGUGGCACGAGUUACCCAUCGUCAUCAACGACAAUUUCUGGGCCGUGGCCUUGGCGGAAGCAAGCCAGAAGACAAUCGCCAUUCUCUCUGUCUUGAUCAGACUAGAGCUCGCAGCCGCCCUCGUAACAGGCUCCCCCAUCUCCGUCCCCGAACAGCUAAACUACAACCCCAUGUCGCAGCAGUGGAACACCUCCUCCGCCGUCGCAGAGACCAUCUUCCAGUACACCAUCGAGCCCCUCCUCCUCUGCGCCAAGGUCGUCAACUUCUGCAGCGGCAGCUUCCCGCCUCAGACUCCUACUUCAAAUCCCAACGGCGCUGCACCUCUGACCCCGGUCCACCGCUGGACGAUGCUCAGCGACGCGCUGGGCCUCUGGUACACCAACCGCGCGCAGGAGUUCCGGCCGAUGGUCGAGAUCGACGGCGGCGACGACACCCUCUUCCCCAUCAUCCUCUUCACCAACGGCGCCGCCGUCUUCGCGAACCAGCUGUACCACACCGCGAUGCUGCUGCUCCUGCAGAACAAGCCGCGCACGCUGCAGGCGGCGGCGGGGACGAAGAAGUCGGGCGGCAGCUCGUCGUCGGCGACGUCGCCGCUGUGGCACGCGCAGAGGGUGUGCGGCAUCGCGCUGAACAACGACCGCCGCGACAGCUGGGACCUUUGUCUUGUGGCGUCGCUGUACCUCGCGGCGCAGCGGAUGACGUACGAGCCGCAGCAGCGGGCGAUUCUGGAGUGCUUUGAGCGCGUGAAGGCGCUGGCUGGGUGGAAUGUUGACGGGUUUGCGGCCAGGGUGAGGGAGGAUUGGGGGUUGGUGUAA